GUGAGUACACUAUAGAGGAAACUUAAGAGGAACAAGAAACCGACAACCGUUUCAACUUUCUAAAGCUGUCCUAGAUUGAUUGGGAUUAAUCACUUUAAAUCUCAAGCUAAUCUUUCUGGUUAAAACCCUCAAACCCAAAACUUGAAACAUAAUCCAACGAACCUUUUUCUCUCUCCUCCCCAAACUCACUGCUCUUCAGUCUUCACCAUGACUCACUAGUCACUACCUCCUCUUUUCUUCUUCAUUGAUUUAUUAUUCUUGCAAAAAAUCCACAAAAAUAAGCGCCCAAAGGGGUAAAGUUUCAGUCUUCAAUAAUUCUUGUUCAUCCCUUUUUGUGGGAUUUAAUAAUUUAAUUUCAGAGAGAAAGAUUUACGGAGUAAUUGAAUUGGGUUUUCUUAAUUUUUGGGAUUUUGAGAUCAAAUAACGACGAGCGGUCAAUAAAAAGCAUUGAAAAAUGUCAGGAAUUGCUGUUGUAUUAGAUCUAAUAAGGAAAAAUCCCAACUUUUAUUCAACACAUACUUUGCAUUCGGUUGGGACUUUUUCAGCUAGAGUUGCAGUCUCAGGCGCUGCCGCUUCUGUUUUUGCUUCUUACCCUUUUGGGUUUAGGGCUUUCCUUGGAAGUGAUGACAGAGUUGCUUAUUGUGAUGCUGGUCCAACAUGGGAUGAGGAUCACAUCACUGAGGGUCAUGAGGAACACAUAUACAACAUUCCCAAAUAUGAUUUUGAGCCUGAAUCCUUUAGCUACGCUGGAAAAGUAUAUAAUACUGAGCUAAAAUCACUUUUCUCAGCCUUUCACCCAAAGACAUUUGCGAUCACAGCCUUGAGAUCAUUUUCGAUGUAUUAUUUACCACUUUUGGAGCCUCGAGCGGCAUUGGAGGACGAUGAUGAAGAUUUCCUUGCUGAUAAUUCAGAAGACAGACCUUUAGACUUGAUUACUCCCUUCCACAAGGCAGUAAGGCAAACUUUGUCCGAGAGUACUGUCAUUACUACUAGAAGGAUAUUGGAAAGACUAGCCGUCUCUUCUUUCUCCCAACGAAUGGCAUGGAAGCUUAUCAAAGAUGCUUCUAAAUCUGCCACGCGUAAGGCACAGCGAGGGCUACCGACAACUACUUACAUAUGCGCUGUUACAACAACAACUGUGAGAGCUCAUUGUCUAGGAGUGGCAGCAUCGUGGAUUUUUCAAGUUGGAUUAAACAUCUGUAAAACCCUGUUACGUCUAUUUUGGUACUCUAAGGACGAUAUAGAAGAAGUGAAUAAAACAGAGGAACUUCAACUUCUUGGUAGGAAGAUAUAUGCUGUCACUCUAAAAUGCACUUCGUCAUUAAUCUUUGCUGCUAUUGGGGCAGGCCUUGGUGCAUCAUUGGCACGUGACAUUCGUCCUUCUCUUGGUCAAUGGCUUGGUUGUGCUGCAGGAGAUAUGGCCGGUCCAGUAAUUGUAGCACUGUGUUUCGACAAGCUUCUUCUUCCGGAGGCGUAGAUUUCUAUGGAUAUUGCUUAUCUAGACAAGACAGACUUAUUUACUUGCCUCAGUAGCAGAUUCAGGUGAUUUAUACUAGCAUUGUUUAUGUUUGCAACAAAACCAACGAGUAAUCAGCCUCAAGGUUAGUUGGACUGAGGCUCAAGAAACAUACAUUUUAUAACAAAACUUUUAACUCUGUUGAUUUAAGCUAUAUUUUUGGAGUAUCCUGAAUAAAAACUUCCUUUUAUAGA